CCUGUAAUAGUCUUGGGGCUGCAUUCUGAGUUUUGCUCUGGAGCUGCAGUUUUCCGUGUCUUUUCUCCGCACAGAAGAACAAGACGCCGUGGCUGGAGCGGAUCAUACAGGACAUGGUGGACACCUACAACAGAUUCGCCGGGAUGGAAGGAAGUCCACUGACCAUGAACACCCAGGAGUUCCGGGAAUACCUGAAGUAUGACAUCCCCGUCUACAUCGAGAGUAAGGACCCGCAGAUCGUGGAGAAGACUCUGGCCUCCUUGGAUGAGGAUAAGGAUGGAGAGCUGAGCUACAAGGAGUUCCUGCAGUUCCAGAUGCAGUACAUCGUCAGCAAGUACAACACCAACAACCGGCUGCAGGAUUAG